AUGCUUUUCUCUCAUUUAAUACUCACUUCAAUACUUCCAUUAUAUACACUUGGAUUGGACUUAGACACAUCAGAUUCAAGUUCUAUUUGUGAUGCAGCAAGUAUCAUAGCCACAGGUGCUCUUCAUUAUUAUGAUGGUUCAACUUAUGGAGGUUCAGUCGGUUGUUUCAAACCUCCUUAUUAUUGGUGGGAAUAUGGUGUUGCAUUUGGUUCAUUAAUUAGAUUUCAACAUUUAUGUCAAAACACUUCAUACGAAGAUAUGAUUUACACUGCUUUAUUAUCACAGGCUGGUGAUGAACAUAAUUAUCAACCUACAAAUCAAUCAAACACUGAAGGUAAUGAUGAUCAAGCAACUUGGGGGUUGACAGUCUUAGAAGCUGCUGAAUAUAGUUUUAAAGAUCCAAAGCAAAAUGGUAACCCAUAUAGUUGGACAGAGUUGGCUGAAAAUGUCUUUGAUGCUAUUUAUAAAAGAUGGGAUGAAGAUAGUUGUAAUGGUGGGUUAAGAUGGCAAUAUAAUAAAGAUCGUGGUGGUUAUAAUUAUAAGGCUACUAUUGCUAAUUCUAAUCUAUUCCAAAUGAGUGCAAGAUUAGCUAGAUUAACUGGUGAUGAGAAAUAUGUUACAGCUGCUAAAGAGAUUUAUAACUGGAUUAUGGGUGCCGGGUUAGCUUAUGAAGGUGAAUGGGGUACAGAAGUUUAUGAUGGAACUUAUACUGAUGAUAAUUGUACAGAUGUUACAAAAGUUUUAUGGACUUAUAACUAUGGUGUCUUAUUAGGUGGUACAGCUUACUUGUAUGAUGUUACAAAAGAUGAAACUUGGAAAGAUCGUACAAACAAGAUCAUUUUAGGUUCUCAAACUUUAUACAAUAAUUCAGUGUUGUAUGAACGUGCUUGUCAAACGUACAACAUUUGUAACACUGACCAACGUGUUUUCAAAGCUGUUUAUGCAAGAUAUUUAGCUCAAGCUUCUAAAUUGAUUCCAGAUUUUGAAGAAACAAUUACUGGAUUGAUUAAACCAAGUGCUGAAGCUGCUGCCAAAUCUUGUUCUGGUGGUUCAGAUGGUGUUACAUGUGGAUUAAGUUGGAAUGAUGAUGGUUGGGAUGGUUAUUAUGGGUUGGGUGAACAAUUAAAUGCUUUGGAAAUCAUUCAAAACUUGUUGAUAAAUGAUAGAGAUGGUCCAAAGAAGCAUAAAUAA